AUGUCUAAUUUAAGACAUUUGAUGAAUUACGAUAACAACUCUAUAGGUUACCAGCAUAAUGGUAAUAGCAACAGCAGUAAUAAUCCUGGAGGAAGUAGCUAUUUAAGUGGUAGGAACAAGGCUAGCAUUAGCAACUUGAUAGAUACUGGAAGUGAUGUUUCCUACAAUAACCAGAAUGUCGCAUCUAUAAACAACAUUACCCAGCUGCCGCCACUGCUGCUACCAAAUUACAAUUACAACUACAAUACAUAUACACAGCAGCCACCCAUUCAGCACCACCAGCAACAACAACAACAACAACAAGCCAAUACGGUUGAGACACUGCAAUCACCCGAAGAUGAAAAUAUAGGAACUGCCACCGAAUAUGAUCAAGCUUCAACUAACAACGCUAUAACAACAACAGACCAAGUCUCAUCGGAAAGGAUCUUGCAGAGUUUUGAACGUAUCAAGACACAUUUCCCAGCUGCAAGGAUCAAGAAGAUUAUGCAGAGCGACGAAGAAAUUGGAAAAGUAGCACAAGCCACUCCUGUGGUUGUAGGGAGAGCAUUAGAGAUAUUCAUGGCCAAUUUGGUCGAGGUCAGUGUGAGCCAGGCGAAGAAGCAAGGUGUAAAGCGUAUAACUGCUUCUCAUGUCAAACUGGCCAUUGAAAACACAGAGCAAUUUGACUUUUUGAUGGAAGCAGUUGAAAAAUAUCCGUCAUUGAAGAAUUAG